AUGGCAGAGGGAAACGGGACCGGGGUGACCGGCUUCCUCCUGAUGGGGCUGUCGGACCCGCCGGAGGUGCGAUUCGCGGCCUUUGAUGCCAUCUACUCGGCCACGUUCCUGGCCAACGCGCCGACCACCAUCUCCACACGCCCAUUGGCCCCGGUGGGGAUGGACCUCUUCCUCCUGGCAGUCAUGGCCUCUGAGCAUCGCUUGGCCGUCCUCCGCCCUAUCUGCUACACUGUUCUUAUGGACGGGAGUGUUUGCGUCGCGCUGGCGGCCGGAGCAUGGCCGGCCCACUUCCUCAACUCCCCCCUGCACGCGUCCUUCAACUUCCCUAUGACCUUCUGCCUCUCCAAUCGGGCCUGUCCCGCUCUGGCGGUGGGCGGGAUCAGCAUCUUCUACAUCACUUUAGGCUCCUACGUCCUCGUCGUGGCCUCCAUCUUGAAGAGCCGCUCGGCCGAGGAGAAGCGCCGGGCCUGGUCCACCUGCACCUCCCGCCUGCUGGCCGUCGGCCUCUUCUACGGCCCCGUCAUCUUCACCUACAUCCGACCGUCUUCCGGUCACUCUCCCAGAAGCGACAGGUUCGUGGGCAUGCUUUAUGGCGUCCUCAACCCCGGCAUCGACAGCCUGAGGGACGAGGAGGUAAAGGGGGCCCUCCAGAAGUUACUGAGGCUGAUGUUAGGCCCGCUGGGGUCUCUUUGGCACCCGUAG